AUAUUCCCAUAUUUCGAUCCAUAAUUCCAUACAAUGAGAUCGACAUCUACUUUAGUAUUAAUAAUGUUGUACGCAUAUCUCUCCAUCUCUCAAUCAGUGAAUUAAUCAAAACUAGUUUCAGAUCGAUCAGCUAGCUACCGGCAAGAACACAGAUCCAUCGAAAUUCAAGCAUCAAUGGAAGGGGUCUCUACAAGCAUGUACAAAGGUCUGAGAGGAUACUGGCGAAGGAGAGGCUACAAAAAGCUAAGUGGGUCGGGCCGACGCCACAAGAACCGGAUGGAGCUGCGUUCACCCCGUAAAAGGCGCGUGUGGCGGAUCAAAAUGGCUCCCAAGUUGAAGCUGAAUUCCCUCAGAAGAAUCCCUUCACCCAAGAAGUUUUUGGUUUGGCUUCGAGACGCCUAUGUCAAACUCAUGCUGAGAUUCGCCAACUCGCGGGUGUUCACUACCGCCUACGGUGGUUCCGUAUGUCAUGGCGCUACUGGUUCAUUCGGAAAAGGCCCCCUUAAGGAGUAUGAUGAGAAGAUGAUCAUCGAGAUCUACAAAUCCUUGAUGCUGGCGCAGGGUCAGUUGGUGCCCCGCGACGCACCUAAACUAGGCUCAGAAAUUGUUUACCGCCAGUAAAAUACAAGUCAGAAGAAUAACCAAAAGUUAUGUUUUCAUCUUUUCGUUUCACUAGUUUAUGCUUUAUGCUUUUUCUUCUGCUCUUUUCGCCUAGGUAAAUUAUUGUAAGCUCACAAUUAAUAACUAAAAAUAGAAUGUGUCCUCUUAAGUAA